AUGGCAGACACUCAAGCUUUGAUUUCCGUUCAGGGAAUGACUUGCGGCGCCUGUGUCAAAACCGUUCAAACACAAGUUGGAAAUGUUGAUGGUGUCACUGAGUGUGAGGUGUCUUUGUUGACAGAAGAAUGUCAUGUCCUUUUUGAUAAAGGACGUACUACCACAUCUGAAAUAUUGGAAACAAUAGAUGAGUGUGGGUUUGAUGGUAGCUUAAUUUCUGAGGAACCGCUAGAUUACGAUGUGACAACAACUGAACAAAUUUCAGGGAUUCUUCUCGUUAGCGGUAUGACGUGUGGUGCUUGCGUGAAAACUGUCACUGGUCAAGUAUUGAAACUAAGCGGUGUAUUGGAAUGUGACGUAUCUUUAGUUACAGAAGAGUGCAAAGUUAAGUUCGAUCCCCAUUUCACUUCGAUGGCUGAAAUUGCCGAAUGUAUUGAUGAUUGUGGGUUUGAUGCCAAAGUCAUUAGUGAGAACUCAAGCUCUGUACCUAGCAACGAAAAGCGUUUGUGCUUAAAAAUAUUCGGUAUGUUGUCUGAAUCGGAUAGGGCCGAUAUCGAGUCAAAAGUUUCUGAGUUGAAAGGUGUGAUAUCUAUCGAUACUUCAUUGCAAAGUGAAGAGGCAACAGUCAUCCAUGAUGCUAACGAGAUCGGAAACCGUGAUAUCAUAGACUGUAUCGAAGAGAUGGGGUUUCAAACUUUUAUUUCAAAUACAUUGGAUAAUUCUACACAAUUAUCAUUACUCUCUAAAACUAAAGAAAUCCAAUUCUGGAAGAAGAAUUGUAUAAGAGGUGGUAUUUCUUCUAUUCUAAUAAUGGGGUUGUACAUGUGUGUACCGAUGCUGUUCCCAGCUGUGUUGACUCAUUUCCCAUUCGUACAAACACCAAUUAUUGGCUUGUUUUAUAGAGAUAUCAUCGGAAUUAUCAUUACUACCUACGUUCAAAUCUAUGUUGGUUCCUAUUUUUAUAAAGCUGCAUGGAUCUCUUUGAAACAUGGCUCAGGUACAAUGGACACUUUGAUCGGUCUUUCUACUGUUUGUGCAUAUAUUUUUUCAUGCUAUUCCAUAAUUUCUAGCAUUUACCAUAAAUCGACAAAAAUGCCAAAAGUCAUCUUUGACACCGCUGUCAUGCUUCUCACAUUUAUUUCUUUGGGCAAAUUACUCGAAAAUAAAGCGAAAUCGGAAACUUCAACUGCAAUGAGUAAACUCAUCUCUUUGACCCCGUCCUCCUGUUCCAUAGUUUUACCAGAUGGCUCUACCAGGGAAAUAUCAGUUGAAUUGUUACAACCAAAUGAUAUCGUAGAAGUCGUACCAGGAAUGAAAAUACCAGCUGAUGGUGUUGUUAUUCGUAAUGAAACUGAAGUUGACGAAUCGCUAAUCACAGGUGAAUCGAUGUUGGUGGAAAAAAUCGUCGGAUCUCAAGUCAUCGGGGGGAGUGUCAAUGGACCUGGUCAUUUCUACUUCAGAGCUAUUCGUGUCGGAGAAGAUACAAAAUUAGCGAACAUUAUCGCAACGAUGAAAAAGGCACAGUUAUCUAAAGCUCCUAUUCAAAAAUACGCUGAUAAGAUGGCGGGCAUAUUUGUCCCGUUUGUGAUAUCACUAUCAGCAAUAACAUUUAUAACUUGGAUGCUUGUGAGUUACACGAUGAAGACUCCUCCUCUCAUCUUUAACAGUGAAAAUGGCAAAUUCUUCAUGUGCAUGCAAAUGUCUAUUUCUGUAAUUAUUGUUGCAUGUCCUUGUGCAUUGGGUCUAGCGGCACCUACGGCGAUUAUGGUUGGUACUGGUGUAGGUGCUAGUCAUGGUGUUCUCAUCAAAGGUGGUGAUGUUUUGGAGAAGUGUAGUGCUCUACAGACGUUUUUGUUCGAUAAGACAGGUACCCUCACGACGGGGCGGAUGAGUGUAGAAAAUUUCAUUAAUUAUAACAGUGAUGUAUCUGAUUUACACUGGAAGAUGAUUUCAUUGUGUGAAUCAAUAGGAGAACAUCCAGUUGCAAAAGCUAUUGUCAAUUAUGCUGAUUCCCACGUAAAUAAAUCAAGCAUUUUCGAUUUGGAUUUAUCGAAUGAGGAAGUUCUCAUUGGAAAGGGAAUUUCCUGUAACAUCACAGAUAAAAAUACUUCUAAAAUCCAUACAAUAACCAUAGGUAACAAGAAAUUAUUUCCCGAUGAGAGUUUGAGUGAUAUCGCUUCUUCUACUUUAACAGAAUCUUAUGUUUCCAUCGAUGGUAGUUUAGUCGGCAAAUUUGAAAUAUCUGACAGGGUCAAAGAAGACGCACAUUUUGUUGUAGAAUAUUUACAAAAUUUGGGCAUUAAAUGCUGCAUGGUCACAGGAGAUGCGCAUCAAUCUGCUCUGAAAGUGGCACAACAACUUGGCAUAUCCGCUAAUGAUGUCUUCAGUGAAGUCACUCCUGAGCAGAAACGUGAUAUUGUCAUUCAACUCCAAAACAACGGUACAGAGAGGGUUGCCUUUGUCGGAGAUGGUAUUAAUGAUUCUCCGGCUUUGGUUGAGGCAGAUCUAGGAAUUUCGAUAUCUUCUGGUACUGAUAUUGCAAUCGAAGCUGCCGAUAUCGUUAUUCUUGAUUCGGAUAAUAAAAAUAAUUCGUUAAAAGGUUUGGUUUAUGCACUUGAUAUUGCGCGUAAAACAUUCUAUAGAGUGAAGCUGAAUUUCUUUUGGGCUGUCUGUUAUAACACAUUCAUGAUUCCCAUUGCUAUGGGUUUAUUAGCUCCUUGGGGUAUCACUUUACAUCCAAUGUUGUCUAGUGCUGCAAUGGCUCUAAGUUCCGUGUCCGUGGUCUGCAGUUCGCUAAUGUUGAAGAGGUGGACACCGCCUUCACUCAAUAUCAAAUCAAUGGAAGCUUCCGGUGGAUUGUCAUGGCUUAGAUUUGGUAGAAACAGUAACAGAGGUGAUGAUAUUGAACUUCAGGAAAGAUUGAUGUAA